AUGAACAUAAACUUCAAAACUAACUCAUCCAARGUAUGGAACAACAUUCAUUCAUUGAAAAGUCUAAACCUAAACCAAGAAAUACAUAUAUCUGACGAACAAGGAACAACAUCAUCUCUUGAAGAUGUCGCUGAAAAAAUCGGCACAUACUUCCUAACCAAUUUUAGCAAAAAAAUUUACAAACAAGAAUUUAUAGAUGGAAUAAAAAUACCAUCCGAAAACACACCGAUAAUCUCAAUGAUAAACCCUAACAACAGCGACCAAAUUGACCUGAACUCCWGUUUAACACUCAACGAAAUGGAAACUGCACUUAAUAAAUGUCAGAGCAAAAGCCCUGGCCCUGACAGCAUCCCUUAUUGUUUUAUUAUAAACCUUGGUAAAACAGCUAAACAAUUCUUAUUGGAUAUAUACAAUAACAUAUGGCAUUCAGGUAUUAUACCUAAAGAAUGGAAAAAGGGAAUAAUAAUUCCGAUUCUUAAACCUKGGAAAAACAAACAUUCUACUGUAGGAUAUAGACCUACACUCCAAAAUACAAUGACAAAAAUUAUGGAAAAGAUCAUAAACUUAAGAUUAAUAUGGUUCUUAGAAAAAAACCAAAUAUUAUCCAAAGAGCAAAGUGGAUUUUGA